UAGUAAGGGAAAAUUGGUUUUGUUUAUUAUCACAGUAUAGAAAAAAACAAAUAUCAACUGCUUGGUGUUAUUGUUUCUAUUUGUAAUGAGGUUAUGAUUUUAGUGAAGUGUUGUUAGCGCCUUUCAUAUUCAAAGCGCUCCAUAUUAGUGAAAACACGUAGAAGUCAUAUAACUAAAUGGAGUCCCAGAAGAGUACACCGAUGACUGAUGAAGAAAGGGAGAAAUUGGCUGCUAAACUUGAUAAAGAGCUUGAUGAUUUCAUUGAUGGUUUGGAAAAACGUUCUUACACUGAAGGUUGGCCUGAAGACAGAUGGCAAGAGGAAAUGGAAAAACAUCCAUUCUUCAUGACGAAAGCUCCAAAUCCCACAGACGAGUUAUCACCUCUUAUGGAAGGUAUACAACAACUGAAAUAUGAUUCUACAGAAAAUACACCGGAAGAGUUAGCUGCAACUUAUAAAGAAGAAGGCAACUUCAAUUUCAAAUGCAAGAAAUAUCGUUUGGCAAUAUUAAGCUUUACAGAAGGAAUCAAACAGAAGUGUAAAUUACAGACUUUAAAUGCUCAAUUAUAUAAUAAUCGAGCAGCAGCAAACUAUUUUCUAAAGAAUUACAGGACAAGUCUGGCAGACUGUCUGAUUGCUUUGAAGCUGGAGCCAAGAUACGAGAAGGCACUGGUUCGGGCGGCCCAAUGCUGCUAUUACCUCGGUAGGUUCCAGAGUUGUUUGGAGUACUGCGACCAGGUACUGGAGUUUGACCCUAACCACACCGUAAUUGUCAAACUGCGGACAGAUUCUGUCCUCAAACAGAAAAUGGCAGAAAGAGAUAAGAGAAAAGAAGCUAUAUUGGAGAGGAAAGCAAGAAUGGAUGAAGAAAAACUUCUCAAGGCAAUACAAGAAAGAAAUGUCAGAGUUCUUGGUUCAGAUAACAGUGUUUCCUCCUUGAAGGAGAUAGAGGCAACUUUUCCCGAAGCAGUACAGAGACCAGUUCACUUGGUGAAUGGGCGACUCGUGUGGCCUGUCAUCUUUAUGUAUCCAGAGUAUCAGACUUCAGACUUUGUUCAAGAAUUCCAUGAAGAUACAAAGUUUUCUGAUCAGUUGGCUGAAAUGUUCAGUGAGCUCCCUGAAUGGGAUGGGGACAGAAAGUACACUCUGGAUAACAUUCAUGUGUAUUUCGAAGAUCCUGAUGGUUGUGCCCACAUGGUCAACAUAGACAACACUUUAGGCCAAACUAUCAGUGAUAAAAGGUACAGAGUUGAUGGUGGUACUCCGAGCUUCAUUGUACUAGCUAAGGGAACCAAAGCUGAAGAGAGAUUCUUGAACUUACAGUAAAACUGUAUUGUUAAUGUACACAUUUUUAUUUUGUAAAAAACCUCUAAUAAAUACCUUAUUUUUACUGUC